CUAUUUUCUUCUAGAAAGUCUUUCCAGAACAUAUGUAUAUAUAUGUGUGUGUAUAUACAUAUAUAUUUGCAAAAUCUCUCGUUUAAAAGGUCUAUACAAGAACAUGUUCUAAAAGUUUUCUCGCUUCAAAUUCUGUUUACGAACUCUUUCCAAAACACUUCUUGGACGUUUCUUUUUGUUUUUGUUUUUGUUUUUUCUUUGAAAAAUAAGAUAUUUUACAAAACUUUUGAAAAACUGCAUGAGCAAGGAUGUUGGCCACACACACGGCAAUGAGCAGCAAGGCAACAUGGCCACACACUCGUUAGUUGUGAGCUCAACUGGGAUUGAGAGUACAAUUGUCCCGCAUAUCAUUCAUUCCAUUAGCUAAUCGCUUCUGUUGCGAUCCUUGGUGGUUCAACCCAUUUGUUCUUUCAUAUCAAUCGUAGUACAACCCAAUCGCUCUUAAGUUGACUUCUCAUACUUAUAGAUUAUGAUUCUCAAUUAUUUGGCUAAGAUAACUUCCAUCGUUGAGCCUCCCUCUACUCAUUCCAAUCACAUUUCUUAACUUUGUUUUCUCUCAUUAUUUGUUGUCAUUUGCUCAACAAGUAUUUAUAUAAAUCAUCCCAAAUCAACUCCCACUUUUCAGAUUUCCAUGGAUAUAAAAAGAAAUGGUGGCUCAUCAUUCGUACCAUUUCUUUUGUUGAUGGGCAUGAAUUACGGGUCAUUAUGAACUCACCAACAAGCAACCAACCAUUUUGACUCCUUGUUAGUACUUAAAAGUUAACAACUUUAAUCAUCUUCUACUAGAUAAAAUAAGUUGUGUUUUCAAAGUUCAUGUGUAAAGCAAAAGAGAUUGUCUUAUAGUGACUUUAACAUAGAUUACACUCCCAUUGUGAAAUAAUAUAUAACUAUAUUUAUAUCAACUAUAUAUUACAUAUAUAACAAAACCCUAAAAUAAAGUUAAGUUGUCCAAAAUAACAAACUAGCGUCCUCCUUGAAAAAUUAUAAAAAUUUCAAGUUAGAUUGUCUUGGAUUUUAGGAUGUAUUAAGGCUAUCUCCAUGUAUUAGAGAAUAUAAGAAAUUCUAUUUAACAAUUUAAAAAAUUAUAAGAUUUUUUUGUAGCCUUAUCCUUGCAAUUGAAGUAGGAGAUUAAAUCCGAAACUCUUGUCGAAAUUGGGCAAGCAUGCUAGCCUGAAAAGAUUGGUUCCGUCGGAAAACAAGAGGGGUUGGUCAAUAUCGGUUUCAGAAAGUUUCAAAUUGAAAACUUUAAAAAAUUAUUUAUAAGUCGAUCAACCCAAUUAAUAUCAACUGACACUUACUCAUCAAUGUCGAUUUUGUAAAAAAUACCAUCUCCGACCGACCGAUUAACACCGAAGUCGGGAACUUACGCAUACUAGAUAAGUGUAGAGUAUAUAUAUCUUUUUCAAAUUUGAUUAAAUUACCAAAUAUUAUAUCCAAUUCUCUCUCUACCCUUUUUUUAUCUGCGUUCCCGCCCGCGCUCGGUGAACUCAUUUGCGCAGCUCUUUCCUCUUUCUCUUCUUUGUCUUCCUCUCGGCUUCACAAUCUUCAUCGUCAAUCUUUGAUCCAGCCUAAGAAGGCGCUGUACAUUAUAGGGUUUUAAGUAGAAGUUAUUAGACAAUUGAAACCUCAUAAUUCAACCAAAAUGGCGGCCUUCAAUCUCGUUGCGGAUAUGUAUGACCCGGCCUUGAAGCCUCGCUUGCUACAUAAACUUCUUAGGGAGCACGUUCCCGACGAUAAGCGUGCAUUUUCUGAUUAUUCAGAACUUUCAAAUGUGGUUUCUAUGAUCACAUCCCACGAUCUUCUCUCUGAAUCCUCGUCUUCCAAGGACCAAAAGCUGAUUGAUAGCUGGAAAUCCGCUGUUGAUUCCUGGGUCAACCGUUUGUUUCUUCUUCUCUCCAACGAUAUGCCUGAUAAAUGUUGGGCGGGAAUCAUUUUACUUGGAGUGACUUGUCAACGAUGCAGCUCUAGUCGUUUCUUGGCAUCAUAUACAGAAUGGCUUCACAAGCUUUUACCUCACAUGCAGACAGAUUCUCAGUUUCUGAAGGUGGCCUCUUGUGCUUCAAUCUAUGAUUUAUUCUCGAGUACAUCUUCAUUUGACCUUGGCAGAAAUCUAUCACACGAAGUUGUCCCUCAAACACAACCCUUUUUUUUAUUCGAAAUGGAUUUGUUUAUUGUUGAUUCUACAUCGACUUUGUGGUCUGUGGAUUCAACUAUUGAAUGCUGA